AUGUCGGCGACAAACCUGUUCGUGUCUUCCACGCAGCGUUCAGGCUCCCUGUUGUGCCAGAAUUCUACCGACUCCAUUGAAAGAGGACACCAAGAACUCAGUGGUGGCUACAAAAAUGCCAAAGGGAAAAGAAAUUCAUUGAGAGAAUGCUGCUACAAAUGUACCCUUUGUGACAAAUCAUUUAAGAGGAGGCGUUGCCUCAAACGUCAUCUACGUACUCACAUGGAGGAGAAGCCCUACGUGUGUGAUAUAUGUGGCAAGUCAUUUGCGCACAAGGGGAGUCUCAACGACCAUCGCCGCACUCAUACUGGCGAGAAGUCGUACGUUUGUGAGAUAUGUAGCAAGUCAUUCACGCAAAGAACGAGUCUUGCAAAUCGUCGACGCAUUCAUACAGGCAAGAAGCCCCAUGUUUGAGAGAUAUGUGCCAAGUCAUUCGCUAGGCCCACAAACCUUACAAAUCAUCUGCGUGUUCACACAGGUGAAAGGCCCUACGUCUGUGAUAUAUGCGGCAAGUCUUUUGCGCAACAGAGGAAUCUCAAAUCUCAUUGCCGAACUCAUACUGGCGAGAAGCCCUACGUUUGCGAAAUAUGUGAGAAAUCAUUCUCGCAAAGCACAUCUCUUAAAGAUCAUCGACGCACUCAUACGGGUGAGAGACCUUACAUUUGCGACAUAUGUCCAAAGGCAUUUGUCAAAUCGGGAUAUCUUAAAUCUCAUCGGCGAACUCACACAGGCGAGAAGCCUUGCCUUUGCGAGACAUGUGGAAAAUGUGACACUGGAAUGAACUUCCUAAAUCAACACGGUGCUGUCAUCGACCUGAGAUGUGACUUUAUAGUACUAAUUUCAGAAACAUCUUGGUGA